UAUUCAUCAUGAGAUCUGUGAAAUUACGCACCUUUUACGCACCAUCACUUCAGCUGGAUAAAGAAAAAAAAAAAGUAAAUAACAGGCUUGUUUUUCUUAGAAAUCCAACCAGCUUUAUGAUUCCAGAGGCAGGAUGAGGGGACUAUCUCAGGGCUUGCAGCUUAAUGUAGUUUCCAUCCUAUUAACUUUAUUUUUUGUUCUUUUUCUGGGGCCUUGCUUCUUUUCCGGGCUAAUCACUGAGCUAUUAUUAACCACACAACAACUUCUGCAAAACAGUGGAGGAGGAGGAGUGCUUCAACAAAGAGAACCUGCUGCUUUCUCUCAGCUAUGAUAUGGCUGCCAAGAAGAGGAAGAAAGACCUAAUGAAUAACAACACCAAGGUCCCCUAUUUCCACAGGGAAAAGUGGAUUUACGUUCAUAAAGGAAGCACCAAGGAGCGCCACGGAUAUUGUACACUGGGAGAGGCCUUCAACCGCUUAGAUUUCUGCAGUGCCAUCAAGGACACAAGGAGAUUUAAUUACAUCGUCAGACUCCUGGAGCUUAUCGCCAAGUCCCAGCUCCCCUCGCUCAGCGGAGUCGCACAGAAGAACUACAUGAAUAUUCUGGAGAGAGUGGUACAGAAAGUCCUCGAUGACCAGCAGAACGUCCGUCCCAUAAAGGAGCUGCUGCAGACGCUCUACGUCUCGCUGUGUGGUCUUGUUCAGGACAUGGGCAAGUCUGUUCUGGUGGGGAACAUCAACAUGUGGGUGCACCGCAUGGAGAACAUCCUACAGUGGCAGCAGCAGCUGGACAACAUCCAGAUCAACAGGCCUACAUCUACAGGUAUGAAGCUGACUGACCUGCCUGCCAGCCUGCAGCUCAACAUCAUGCAGCGUCUGACGGACGGCAGGGACCUGGUCAGUCUGGGCCAGGUCUGCCCUGAGCUGGGGACACUUACUGAGGACCGGCUGCUCUGGAAGAAACUCUGUCAGUACCACUUCACAGACAGACAGAUCCGUAAGCGCCUCAUGGUGUCAGAUAAAGGUCAUCUGGAGUGGAAGAAGAUGUACUUCAAACUGAGUCGCUGUUAUCCUCUCAGAGAGCAGUACAGUGACACCCUGCACUUCUGCACACACUGCCACAUCCUCUUCUGGAAGGACACAGACCAUCCCUGCACAGCCAACAACCCAGAGAGCUGCACGGUGUCACUUUCCCCUCAAGACUUUAUCAACCUUUUCAACUUCUGAUCCCCCACCCUGGAUAAAAAUACAACUCCUGAUGAACUGACUGUACAUACUGUACAUAGGAAAGUACAAUAAUGUUUUUGUUGAGCAGCAAAAUCAACUGUUUGUAUAUUUAGAUGCGGUAUGACUCGAGAGUGGGACAAUUAUGCAAUUCGGUUUCUUUUGAAACUUCAGAGGCUUCUGGGAAGGUUCACUAUUGGAAGCAUGUGAAUGUGAAAAAGAGGAAAAGAGACAUAGACAAUGAGCAGCAAAAGGGAAUAUUAAGCUGUCAAGAGUUUAGUGGUAGCUGGAUUUGGUUUUUGAAAUGACACCUCCUUAGUAACAACACGUUCUAACCUUAGCUGUGUGUACUUUCUUCACUUGGAGGUAUUAUUCUUUUUGGGAGGUUUGACCUAGAAUGAUUCUUAAGAGUUUGAAUAUAUUACAAAGUUUGCUCACAUCACGUUAUCCAAUGUGUUGGAUGUUCAGAUGACAUUUGCAGUAAUAUUCUGCUUGGCACUGGGACAGAGGGAAUAAAUAUUCAGAUGCUGGAUUAAGUAAGAGAUAAUGAAAGUAAACAAUGGAGUCAGCAAAUGAUCAUUAUGAGGAAUAUUUGAUAUGAUGAUGCACCACAAUAUCUUUUCUAUUUAACUUUGUUCUUUUUUCACUUUUAUAAAGAUUUGAUAUGACUUUUUUUGUAUUAAAUGAGUGAUUUUCGGCUGUAGCUGCUUAAGCAACAGCGCCUGAGUGCAGUAAUACCAAAGAUUGUAAUCAAAGUCAGUAGAACCGUGUGUGCCUUGUCAUGACACUUGAAACUGGUACAGCUUGUUUGUAGAUCCUGAUGCUGUUUCUGUUAUCCUCAACAAAUGUCUCAUUUACAACAAUGGCAUUUUAGAUCCUUAGCUUUGGUACCAAUGUUGACUGUCUGAAACUUUUUUUUUUUUUUUGAAGUCACAUGCAUGAUAUGUUUUUCAUCAACCACCCAGAUGAUUGUGUUUACUUACAGUAUUUAUUUAUUAGGAUUCUGGCAAGUAGCUCCACUUGCACUUUUGUGUUUGAAGGUAUGACUGAAUUGAUAUAAAGAUGCAGCUUUGACCCAGAUUUUGUUCCGUCACUGCUCUGACAGUGAAGAAUGACGUACGUGCUAUGCAUUGUGUUUAUGUUCUGUUCAAUAAAUAAAAUACAAACUUGG